UUAGAGGGUUUGUUAUAGUUUUAGCUAUUUCCUAUUCCUAUUUGCCAGCAAAAAAUAGACUUAUUUGAGAUAAAGGUAAGAACAAGUAUAAAUGUAGAUUUUUCUUCACUAAAGGUUUCGUUGUUUGCCAGCAAAACCUGUCAACAAAUGGUGUAGUCUGUGAAACAGUGUGGCGUUUCAGGUGCCCUGAAGAUUCAGGGCUAAUGCCUGAUCGCUUGAAUCCUUGAACAUUACAGAGAGUUUUGAGGGAGGGAGGGAGUAUGAGGAGCUCAUCGGAGGAUUUCUCUGUGGUGGUGCUAGCUUCAGAUCUUGGUGUCGACACUCGACCGUUCUUAUUAGCAUCUUCAGAGGGAAAAGAGAACUGGAAUGACUUCUCUGCUUACCUUUCCGACGAAGACUUCUCCGACCUCGACGCUUUGCAGAUCUUCCGUGUCGAAGGUACUGAUAACAAUGGCAAUCGUAUCUUCCGCAUCAUCGGCAAGUACUUCCCAGCUCCAGUAGUUAGUGGGGAGCGGGUCAAGAAGUAUAUCUUCCAUAAGCUAUCCAUAGAGUUGCCAGAAGGGCCAUUUUGUAUUGUUUACAUGCACAGCACCGUACAGAAGGAAGAUAACUCUCCUGGAAUGGCUGUCUUGAGGUGGAUAUAUGAAGAUCUUCCUUCCAGCUACAAGGAAAGGCUCCGUGUUGUGUACUUCUUGCACCCUGGUCUUCGGUCAAGGUUCAUUUUAGCAACUCUUGGCAGAUUCUUUUUAAGUAAAGGCUUAUACUGGAAGAUCAAGUACGUUAGCCGCCUCCAAUAUCUUUGGGAGGAUAUAAAGAAAGGAGAGAUUGAGAUUCCUGAUUUCGUGAGAGGUCAUGAUGAUAUUCUUGAGCAUAGACCACUUACAGAUUAUGGGAUAGAGCCGGCUCUUCUCCAUCUAACUGAGGUUCGACCAAUGGGUUACUCGUUCGGAAGGUAUGAAGGGAGAUGGCAAUCUCGGGAGUAUUUGUCCUAGAGCCGUUAUUUUUUAGAGGCUAAAAAUUGUACAUAAGUCCUAAAUUCUGAAUGUUAUAGUUGAGGGAGUCCUUUAAGUAAGAAAAAAAAUCCUCUUGUAAUAUGUAAAGAUGUGGCAACCUUUUUCAGGUUCUUCCAAUGAAGUGUAAUAUUUGCAGAAAUGGAGGGUUAUAUAAUUCUUUACUCCUUUAUCUGGUAAA